CAAGAACUGUCUCGACCCGUCGUCCACUUUUCUAUUCCCAGACGUGGAGUAUUCACUCAAAAAACACCAUGAUUCUGGCCCCAUCCGCCCUGCUACUGGACCGGUACAGCAUCUUCUCAUCAGUCUUCGUAUCUCGACCAACAACAACAACAACAACGCCAACGCCGCUGCAGAUCCGGGCGGCACUCCGAAACUCGUCCAGGGUCCGCCCUACCUCCCGCUAGAUCUUUAAGUAAACAAUGGCCCGUGCCCGCCAAACGCAGCACCCGGACAACCAAGCCGCCAACUGAGAACACCAGAUCCAGGGGUUUAAUAGCGAACGGUUGACACAGGCGCAACGCGGGCGCUGUUUCCUCUUGUCCAGCCCAGGAUCCCAUCGACAAAAAAGAAAACCGUCCGAACUCCCUCCUCCCUCCCUCGCUUUCUCCGCCUCCGGUCUCUCCCGUCCCAACCCAUCCCUUCUCCUUUUUCCCAAGGACUUCUCUAGGACCAUCGAGGUUCGGUUUAGAAAGGCGACAACAGUCCAGGACCCAGGUUGCGCUCGGUUGCUUUUAAUAACCUUGAAUCCCCGCCUCGCGCCUAUCCAAUCACCCCGAUCGAUUUGCGACCAAGGGCAGACCCAACCCUACGAAUACUCCACCAUCGCGUGUGUGGGCUGAGGCGCAAUGGCAGACGAAGGCGUCGCAGACCACUACCAGGUGCUGGAGGAGCUCGGCCGCGGUAGUUUUGGCGUGGUCUACAAGGCCAUUGAGAAGAAGACAGGGGAGACAGUUGCGAUCAAACAUAUCGAUCUCGAGUCUAGUGACGAUGAUAUCCAUGAAAUUCAGCAAGAAAUAUCUGUGCUCAGCACCUGCGCCAGCACUCAUGUCACCCAGUACAAGGCCAGCUUUCUUCGUGGACACAAGCUGUGGAUUGUGAUGGAAUAUCUGGGAGGAGGGUCCUGCCUGGAUUUGCUCAAACCGGGCGUGUUUCCAGAAGUCCAUAUUGCCAUCAUUUGCCGAGAACUGCUACUUGGUCUGGAAUACCUCCACGCAGAGGGCAAGAUUCAUCGUGACAUCAAGGCUGCCAAUGUCUUGCUGUCAGAGACUGGAAAAGUCAAGCUUGCCGACUUUGGUGUUGCCGCCCAGCUGACGCAUAUGAAGUCGCAGCGCAACACCUUCGUCGGCACUCCCUUUUGGAUGGCCCCUGAAGUCAUCCAGCAGAAUGGCUAUGAUUUCAAAGCGGAUAUCUGGUCCUUGGGCAUCACGGCGAUUGAGUUUGCGACUGGCGAGCCACCCCAUGCUCAGACACAUCCCAUGAAAGUUCUCUUCCAGAUCCCUAAGCAGGACCCCCCGAGGCUCGAAGGGAAGUUUAGCAAGGAGUUCAAGGACUUCAUCGCACAAUGUCUCGUCAAAGCACCGCAUCUCCGGCCCACCGCAAAGGAACUGCUUAAGCAUCGGUUCAUCCGUUCAGCCGGCAAAGUGGAAGCUCUCCAGGAGCUCAUAUACCGCAAGCAAGUUGCCGAUGCCAAGACGGAGCGUGUGAAGAUGCCAGUGUACUAUCAAGAGACGCUGCAAACUCUCUCGCCCAAGGAUGGGGCAGACGAGUGGGUGUUUGACACGGUCAAAUCAGUCGUCCCACAACAAAAACGCGGUACGGUCAGGUCUAGAAAACCGUCUGUCGUUCACGGGAUAGAGGACGCCAUGCAUAAGCUCGACGUCAAAGAUGGGCCCCUCCAGCCCACCACCCCAAGUACCGUCCGGAAGUCGACAGUCCGCCGCCAGUCCCUCCGUCAAAGCCAGCAAGCCAACCGCCAGGUUUCCAACGGCUCGCCCCGUGCGUCUGUUGCGGCUAAGCGGCCAUUACAACCAGACAUGUCGUUUGGUAACUCAGGCUCGACUAUGCGUUUAUUCCGGAGGGUACCAUCUGACACAUCGACCAACCCUUCACAUCAUGGCGGUUCCUCCCCCAGUGACUCGUUCAUCUAUGACAACAGCGAGAACAGACCACCAACAUCAUACUCGUACCAAGCCCCGGUAGAACCGCACAGUAAAGAAGCCUUUUUAGGGAGAAGGCUCUACAACAAGGCUCUAGAACCCUGUCUAGAUGAACUCCACGCCCAGACAGCAGGUUCAGCCAAAAGGGAGGCACUGGCGAGGUUAUCUGACGCUUUGGCCCAUCUAGAUGCUGUCGACCCAGAGGGCUCCUAUCACCUCCUCCGAAGCAUCAUGUCGACAGUAUCUCAAGACACAAAACUAAGCAAUGCUUUUGUCCCGCAACUACCCCAACAACAACAACAUCAACAACAACAACAACAACAACAACAACAACAACAACAGCAGCAGCAGCAAUACCAACAACAGCAACAACAUAAACAAACCCUCAGCGAGGGCACCCCCCAAGGAGGAACAGUCGUCAAAGACCAAAGAACAAAACCAGCAGCCUUGCAACCACCACCAGGGUUGUCGAGCUCACCGACGAAGUUGAUGAUUUCACAGGAUAACCCACAUCUCGCGUCUCAUAGGAGGAGGAGGGAGAGUAAUAUUGGCGGGGCGGAGAACGCGCUGGGGAUCGUUAAUGGGGGAAGGGGAGGGGGGUCGCCGGAUAAGGAAACACGGGAGAGAGAGAGAGAGGCGAGAGAGAAUAGGGAACGGGAUAAGGAGAAGAUGGCGAUGGCGGCGUUGGAGGCAAAGUUUCCGGGGAGGCCGGCGGUGCAGGGGAUGGAGCAUUGUAAGGCGCUGGGUGAUUUGCUUUAUGCUAGGUGGACGGAUGGGUUGAGGUUGAGGUGGGGGGGUGUGGGGGGGCAUUGA